GGUAAACAUUUAGUUUGAUUUUAGCCCAACGUAAGUGUGGUCCUAAUAAAAAUUUGUUUCGAAAACUGAACAGUUUACAUACAUUUAUGACAAACAUAGACCCUUGAUAUUGUAUAUUAUUAUGAAAAUAGUAGUAGUGCGAAAAAUUAGCUUGUUAGUUAUUUAGUUUUAAUUAUUAAUUUCACUGAAAAUGAAAUUCUAGUGAUCCCGAAUCGACUUUGAAACCUGGUCAAUGCCAGAAAUGGUGGGAUAUUACAGUGAAGCUUCUCUUCCUGUAGCCCAAGUCCGAAGCACGGAAGAAACCCUGUCUGUAAAAAAACUAGUGUGCAGCCCCGAUUUUCCCAUUUCCGAAUUUCCGGGCAAGAUUGAACAAGAGAAUUUCCAUUGUCAAAUCUGCAAUAAAAUGUACACCUCAAAGUCCGCUUUCCAAGCCCACCAACGGACUCACGCUAAAGAAGCAGAGGAUCCCUACCGUUGCAAUAUUUGUUCCAAGACAUUCGCAGUCCCCGCUCGUUUAACUCGUCACUAUCGCACGCACACGGGAGAGAAACCCUUCCGUUGUGAAUUCUGUAAUAAGAGUUUUAGCGUCAAGGAAAACCUGAGCGUCCAUCGGAGAAUCCACACGAAAGAACGGCCCUACAAAUGCGAGGUUUGUUCAAGGGCAUUUGAACACUCCGGAAAGCUUCACAGGCACAUGAGAAUUCACACUGGAGAACGUCCACAUAAAUGCUCAGUAUGUUCCAAGACCUUCAUACAGUCCGGACAGUUGGUGAUCCAUAUGAGGACGCAUACCGGAGAGAAGCCUUAUGUCUGUACGGUCUGCCAAAAGGGUUUUACUUGCAGCAAACAAUUGAAGGUACACUCCAGAACGCAUACUGGGGAGAAACCCUACUCUUGUGAGAUUUGCGGUAAAUCAUUUGGUUACAAUCACGUAUUGAAACUCCAUCAGGUCGCCCAUUAUGGAGAGAAGGUCUACAAGUGCACAAUAUGCAACGAUACAUUCAAUUCGAAGAAGAGUAUGGAGGCACACAUCAAAAGUCAUUCUGAAAAUUCUCCUCCUCAACCCCCCACACCACCAGCGUCAUCCACAUCUGACCUGUCUUGUUCCAGCAGCAGCGACAAGGAAAACUUUAAAGAUUCUCCGAUUGCAGUGGUGAAAGACCCGAACCCAACCAGUUACGACUCGGAUAUCCAUUACUAUCUGUAUACAAGGGAUCGUUUGUCUCCAUCGAGCUGCCCAACUAACUAUUCAGCGGUACCUACAACAGGUGUAGAACUGUUAGCAGCAGCCGCAUCAGUAACGGAAGAUGAUAGAUUUAGAAAUUCCCCGAACGUUGUAUUUAAUCUAAUAAAAAAUCCCCAGGAAGUUGUGGCUGCGUUGACUCGUCCGGCCUACUUUACAUCCCCUGUCGUGCAAUAUACCCCACUUAACGCUGGGGAUGAUAUAAGACGACGAGUCGAAGCAGCGCUAGCUGUCGAGGAGAAUCAUUCUGAAGAAGAUGCGAUCAUAACUCCUCCAAGUUCUAAUCCAGUUUCUCCAGCUCCUUCAGUGUCUCCUCCAGUGUCCCCUGCCCCCGACCCAGAGCUGAGUUUGCCUCCAAGGAAGCGAUCAAAAAUGAUCCUAAAAUCCAUGGAGGCCACCAUAGACUUGUCCUGCCCAGUGCGGUAUAAUUCCGUAAUCCAGUAUGCUCGAGCCUCUUAACUAUUUAUUUAAACUAACCAAAUAUGAUCGUACUAUAAAUAAGCUUUAUAUUUUUUUGUUGAUAUAAUUUACAGACUUUUAUAGGCAGUGAAUUCUGUUGUAAAACAACAAAAUGGACUUUUGUUUUUUUCUGUGAUAAGACUGUAUGAAAUCAACGUUUUACCUCAUGGCAGUGCCUAGGGCUAUGGCCUUUGCAAUAUUGUGUCGCCUGUUUACGUGCAGGUGGCAUCCAUCUCAUAUUUUUUAUUUUUACGUAAUGUUAGUAUUUUUAUUCUAUUUUUCAAUGUGAUUGGAGAAUAGUGUAAAAUGUUGUAGUCGUGUUUUAUAUUGUUUUUUAAUGUUUUCCUUUUCUAUUAUGUAAAAGUGUACUGUACUUCUAAGUCUGAGCUGGGGGUUUUUGAAACCACCGGUAUAAAUUAUUGUAUUCCUUUAUCAUCAAUGUAGCUGUAUAUGGAUAACCGAUUCAUAUAAUAAAACAUAUAUUAAUUGAAU